AUGCUGCUGCCCCCUAGUGUUACUUUUCCGUGGCGUGACCUCUCUCCCUCACUGUUCUGUCACUGCAGGGGUGGCCCUUCCAGGAGAGGAGCACCCUCACAGGUGAGGUCGCCUAAGCUACUAGAGGUCCUGAGCGCUCUGGAGGAGGAUGGGUUUAGCAGCAACAAGGAGGAGAUUGUCGUUGUACACACACACACACACACACACACACCCGCCCCCAACAAUGCCUCCAGGGCCUUCACUGAUGAGGAUUCUGGGGAAGAAGACAGUGACCGGAAUGGUGCCCAGCUGCCUGGCUGGGUGCUGUAUGCUUCAGUUGUGUCUGAGGACUCACCCCCAGGAGGAGGGGGGGGCUAUGACAAGCCAGAGCUGCAAGCAGCCAAGAAAAGGCGGAAGGCAGCAGUGGAGCCCCAGCGCGUUUGGACCAAGAGAGAUAUCCAGCCAGACUUCGGUAGCUGCACAGCCUCAGACCCUCAUAUAGAGGACCUCAAAACCAAGGAGCUGAGUCCUGUGGGCCUCUUUGAGCUGUUUUUUGAUGACGGGACAGUUUCAUUGUUGAUGAAACCAACCACGUUAUGCUCGGUAGAAAAUAUCACCCUGGAUCUCACAGCUCAGGAACUGAAGUGUGUUUUGGGCAUCUUGAUUUUAAGUGGGUAUGUCUCCUGUCCAAGGAGAUGAAUGUUUUGGGAGACAGCUCCUGACUCACAUCAUCCUGUGGCUGAUGUUAUUAGAAGAGACAGAUUUGAGCUGAUCUUCUACCUGCGUUUUGCAGAUAACAGUGAAAUCGAUGAAAGCGAUAGGUUUGCCAAGGUCAGGCCCCUCAUUGUCCAUAUGAACUGUAACUUCCAGAAGCAUGCUCCCCUGGAAGAGUUCUACAGCUUUGGUGAAUUCGUCUGGGAAUACUUUGGGCACCGGGGGUCCAAGCAACUGCACUCAGGGAAGCGAGUCCGGCUAGGCUACAAGAUCUGGUGUGGAAUGACCAGCAGAGGCUACCUGGUGUGGUUUGAGCCCUCACAGGGCCACACACUAUUCACCAAGCUAGACCGGGGCUUGGAUAUAGGAGGCAGUAUGGUGGUCAGAUUUGUGAGUGGCUCCCUGCCAUACCAUGUAUUCUUUGAUAAGGUCUUCACAAGCGUCAAACUGAUGUCCAUUCUGAGGAAAAAAGGGGUGAAGGCCACAGGAACUGUUGAGUAUAGAACCGAGCGUUACCUCCUCAAGGAUCCCAAAGAACGGAGGAAAAUGAGAAAGGGCUCGUUUGACUCGAAGGUGGACGAAAGCGAGGAGAUCAUUGUGUGCUGCUGGCACACCAGCCGCGUGGUGAAUAUCUGCUCCAAUGCGGUGGGCACAGAGCCAGUGAGACAGACCAGCCGCCACCCGGGAGCAGCCAAAGCUGGGGCACAGGUCCACCAGCCAUCCCUGGAGAAGCUCUAUCAGGAGAAGGCCAGAGAGGUUGACCAGAUGGACCAGAACAUCGCCAAGGACAAGGUGAAGAUCCGCGGCGUGAAGUGGGACUUGAGCUUCACCAGCUACAUCAUCGACGCGGCCUUCAACAAUGCGUGGCAGCUGCACCGGGUUGACCCGGUGGAAACCGAGAGCCGCUUCGAUAUGACUGGACACUGGAUUGUCCAUCAGGACAAGAGGACCCAGUGUGCCCUCUGCCACUCACAGACCAACACCGGCUGUGAGAAGUGCCAGAAGGGUGUCCAUGCCAAGUGCUUCCGGGAGUACCACAUUCCGUGAGACCGGAGAGCUGCUUCUUCCAGCUAUAGUGACGCCACUGGGACCAUCUGCAGGUUUUAUUUGUGGCGCUUUUGACGCCGAUCACUGAUGACUUAGUUUUGUAGUCUCUCCCAGGCCCCGUCACAGUCCUCUUUUUGAUGUGUUCUAUUAUGUUCUAUUAUGCCUACAUGUCAUGUAAAUUAGUAUUUAUGUUAGUAAUUGUACAUGUUUGCAAACCUGCAUUUUAUAUUCUUAUUUAUUUAAAUUUAUUCAAAUACAAGUUUUGCUUUUGUA